AAUGAUGUCUGGUCAAACAUUUCUUGCUGGUCUUCAAGAACUUUGAUUAUAUGGCUUUAAAGCGCCAUCUACAGCCAAUAAAUAGUAAAAGGUCCUCUGGCACGUCACGUAUAUAGGCUUUCCAGGUAGGUAGUCUUUAUUAGAGUCGCGUUGCGAAGUUGAUCACAUUUCACAACGCCUGGAGAAGUGUUUAACGUGUCAGGGACAACAUAAAUAGAAUAAAGAAAUGUUCCCAGGCGUUCUCAGAAGAUUGCUGCCAUAUUGAUGUGGGUCCUGCUGAGUGUGUGUGAUGAUUAAGUGAUCAUAUGCAUCUGCGCCGCGUGACCACCUGGAACGCAGCCAAGAUUAGUGAGUAAAUUUUGCCAUUGUGGAAAACUCGCGAGAGCCCAUAGGGAGUAACGGUACUUCAUCAUGGCAGGCAAGUUGGUGUUAGAGGGGAAAAUAAGUAUUAUAAGCUUUCUUUUAGGACUGGGUGUUGUUAUAAUUCCCCUUAUUAGAACAUUCGCUGGACAUCUUGACUGGGUAUUCGACUAUCUCACUGGAGUGAGGGGGAAAAUCGCUAUUGCUGUGUACAUCGCUGUUAUCAAUGGCUUCUUGCUUAUCAUAUACAAGGGACCUCUAUAUAAGAUUGCUGUGCGAGCCUGCUUCCUUGGCUUUACUUUUGGGUGUGGCUUGAUCAUAAGCUUUUCCCAAACCACAUGGACACACUUUGGCUGGUACAUGUGCUCCUUGUCUUUCUUCCACUACUCCGAGUACCUGGUGACAGCCAUCAUUAACCCCCGCAGCCUGUCUCUGGACUCAUUCCUUCUCAACCACAGUGUGGAGUACACCGUGGCUGCUGUGUCCUCAUGGGUGGAGUUCACCAUAGAGAAGCUCACUGUCCCAGAGCUGAAGCAGCUGAGCUGGCUCAGCCUGGUGGGCCUGGUGAUGGUGCUGUGUGGGGACUUCCUGCGUAAGUCUGCCAUGCUGACAGCCGGCUCCAACUUCAACCACAUCGUCCAGAACGAGAAGGCCCAGAGCCACGUGCUGGUCACGGAUGGGGUCUAUGCCUUCUUCAGACACCCCUCCUACGUGGGAUGGUUCUACUGGAGCAUUGGCACACAGGUGAUGCUGUGCAACCCUGUCUGCAUCGCGGGCUAUACCAUGGCAAGCUGGCGCUUCUUCCGUGAACGGAUUGAGGAGGAGGAGCUUUCUCUUAUCCAUUUCUUUGCAGAGGACUACCUGGAGUACAAAAAGAAGGUGGGCACCGGCCUGCCGUUUAUUUCGGGCAUCCGCAUCAACAGCUCCUAGGUGUGAGAGAUGGAGUCCUGGAUGUAUGAAAAUUGCAGGCAGACAGACGGGCACUGUGAAGGGCAGCCCUGGUCAGCGUGUGGAUUAGCUCCUGUGGUUGCCCGCCCUGGGGUGCUUAGAGCUCACAGAGACUGACACCUAUGAGUGUUGUGAAGGGCUCCCAUCCCCAUACCACCCCCAAGGCCUGGGUAGACUCUCAAAAAGAAAUCACCCCCCCCCCCAUAUAUUCAACCACCUCUGUUUUCUCUUUUGUUUGGUUAAAUUAACUACUAGAGACUUGAGUUUGUAUUUUUCCUUCAUCUCCAAUGUUCUGAUGAAGGCUCCCUUGUCUGUUUUUUCCUUAGAGAGGAGUUGAGUAUCUUAAGGCCAGGCACCACACCCUAAUAGGGUAUUCCCCCCCCACUUAAUCAUAUUACAAUCAACUUUUACCAGUUGAGUGUGGGCACUAAUAUUUUUGUCUUUUUUUCUGAAAAAUUGUAUACAAAUAUGCAAAUUAGGUUAUACCAUUAAAUAUUUGCAUAUAACACAAACCAAUUUUUCUGGACACUGGUUGAAGUAAAAAUCAACCUAAAUAUUUUGUUUUUUAUUUUGUUAAGACAUUCUAGCACUGAAUUUACAUACACAUCUGAUUGUGUCAUAAACAUAUCAACAAUUCCCAAUAUAUAAGUCUGAGGAAUACAUCUAAAGAUAACCACAGAAAAUAAGUUGGUGUUUGGGAAGAGUGUGAUUUUUCAGGAAAUGGCAGUAAGACAAGGACUAAAUUAAGACUACCUUACACCCAAUCACCAUAUCUUCAAAGUAACAUUCUCUAAGAAAUAGACUUUUAAGUGAUGUGUGAUUUCAAUGUAGUGAGCGUUCAAAUUAUGAAUGUAUGUCCAUUUAAAAGUGGUUACAGUUCAUGACACUGAUGUUAGUAUGAUAAACUAACACAAAUAUUUUUAUAAACCUUUUGGAUAUUUUUUACUUUAAAAAAAAUACUAAUAUUAUUUGACAAAUACCCCCCUCCCCCAAAACUCUAAAUUGCUAGGUUUGUGCAACAUUUUAGCCUGUGGUGCCUGGCCUUAAGUGGAUGCUGGAUUGAUUUUAGCUUUGGUUACUGAGUCAGAAGUGCUGUAAUGAGCCUGGUUGAGUUUCUUCUAUUCCUUGUUUGUCUGUCAUAUCACAGAGUCAUCAUUAUUAGGCCUCAGCGUUGACAUCAGAAUGGUUUUACACAAUAUUAGGGAUGCACACAGGGACCUAAAGUGUGACCCAAUUUGGUUGCAUAUGCAGCUAAAUAUUUUGCUGUGCGAACUGCAGUUUUAAUUUGGGAGUACCGGUACGGAAAGAAAGUACAUUUUUAUAACAAUUAGUUGUAAUGGUAAGGCUUCGCUGUACAGUUGUUUCCUGGGUGCAGAUUCGUUAGUGUCAUGCUUGCACAGCAAAAAUAGCUUGUUUCUAAUACAAACAGUUAAAAAACAUCUGACCCAUAUCAGAGAUACUUUUGAGAUGGGGAAACCCCAUUGGAAUUGUAUUGUCGCCCAUGCGGCUUCAAUGGGGCCGCACGGUGCAUGCUGGGUCAUUCUGGGACAAGGACAUUUCUAACAUUUCAGGUUUUGCACUUAAUGUUUUUAAAGUUUGGAGCACCAGUUUGACCCAUUAUUUAUUUUUUAUGUAGAGCCCUGGAUGCUUAAUUUAUCAGCCCUCAUACAUGCAUUACAUGAACAAAAGUAUGUGAACAUCUGCUUGUCGAACAUCUCAUUCAAAAUCAUGAGCAUUAAUAUGGACUUGGUCUCCCCUUUGCUGCUAUAACAGCCUCCACUCUUCUGGAAAAGCUUUCCACU